AUGGGCUCCAUUGGAAGCCAGCGCCUCAAGGAGCCCUGCGUGGCAGCCACAUCUGGCCAGAGUGUGGUGACAAGUUUCAGCUUUGACAACUUCCAGCUGGAGACAACAGCAGAGGGUGCUCAGGAUCCAAGUGUCAGAGUCAGGGGUGUCCCUACUUUCACAGACUCUGCGGUAGAGGAGCCUGUGCCAGAUGACCGCUACCAUGCCAUCUACUUUGCCAUGCUGCUGGCUGGCGUGGGCUUCCUGCUGCCAUACAACAGCUUUAUCACUGAUGUGGACUAUCUUCACCACAAGUACCCAGGGACCUCCAUUGUGUUCGACAUGAGCCUCACCUAUAUCUUGGUGGCACUGGCGGCUGUGCUUCUAAACAACGUUGUGGUGGAGAGGUUGAACCUGCACACUAGGAUCACCACAGGCUACCUCCUCGCCUUGGGUCCCCUGCUCUUUAUCAGCAUAUGUGAUGUGUGGCUUCAGCUCUUCUCUCACGACCAGGCUUACGCCAUCAACCUGGCCGCUGUGGGUACUGUGGCCUUUGGAUGCACAGUGCAGCAAUCUAGCUUCUAUGGCUACACAGGAUUACUGCCCAAGAGGUACACGCAGGGGGUGAUGACUGGAGAGAGCACCGCAGGGGUGAUGAUCUCUCUGAGCCGGAUCCUCACUAAACUGCUGCUCCCAGAUGAGCGGGCCAGCACCAUCAUCUUCUUCCUGGUCUCCGCGGGCCUGGAGCUGCUGUGCUUCCUGUUGCACCUGCUGGUGCGGCGCAGCCGAUUUGUACUCUACUACACCACACGGCCCCGCGACAGCCGCCCCAUCCGGGCAGGUUACCGAGUGCACCACGAUGUCGCAUCAGGAGACAUCCACUUUGAGCACCAAACCCCAUCCCUGUCCAGCAGCAGGUCCCCGAAGGACAGCCCAGCCCACAGCAACAGUGGGGCCUACAUGCGUUUUGAUGUGCCUCAGCCACGAGUCAAACGAAACUGGCCCACCUUCAGAGCCCUGCUGUUGCACCGGUACGUUGUGGCGCGGGUCAUCUGGGCCGACAUGCUGUCCAUUGCGGUGACCUACUUCAUUACACUGUGCCUGUUUCCUGGCCUGGAGUCCGAGAUCCGCCACUGCGUGCUGGGCGAGUGGCUGCCCAUCCUGGUCAUGGCUGUGUUCAACCUGUCAGACUUUGUGGGCAAGAUCCUGGCGGCCUUACCCGUGGACUGGCGGGGCACUCAUCUGCUGGCCUGUUCUUGCCUUCGUGUGGUCUUCAUCCCCCUCUUCAUCCUGUGUGUCUACCCCAGUGGCAUGCCUGCCCUCCGCCACCCUGCCUGGCCCUGUGUCUUCUCGCUGCUAAUGGGCAUCAGCAAUGGCUACUUUGGCAGUGUGCCCAUGAUCCUGGCAGCCGGUAAAGUGAGCCCCAAGCAGCGGGAACUGGCAGGAAACACCAUGACUGUGUCCUAUAUGUCGGGGCUGACCCUGGGCUCUGCUGUUGCCUACUGCACCUACAGCCUCACCCGUGACGCCCACAGCAGCUGCUUCCAAACAGCCACCGCCAAUGACUCCAUCCCCGUCGGCCCCUGAGCCAGACCCACCUGACCCUGCCCACUGCCCAGGGAGGGCUGCUCAGGCCAGCCACCCCAAGGCCUGAGGACCCUCCCCACCCUUGCCUCAGUGCCUGCGGGGUCCUGGCCGCCUCCUAAGCCACUAAAGCCACCUCGCCACUUCGUUCCAGCUGUCCACUGCAGUUGGAACAUGUCUUCACCACCCUGGACACCGCCUACCCAUGUGUUCUGUGUUUGAUCAGACAACUGCUCUUCAUCCUCUACGUCCAGAGGCCCAACAUUUGUCCUGUCAGCAUGAUGGGGUUAUUCAGACUCAAAGCCAUCCAGAAUGGCUGACCACAAGUCUGAGUGACUCCCUUCCCUAUGACCCCGCUGUGGGGUCUGCUGCAAA